UCCACGUGUGCGCGCAGCGUCGAGUGCGUCUCUGAGCUCACGCUAUUAACAACAAGCGAUGGUACCGUGCUUAUAUUGGGUACUGAUUAAAUAAGUCUUUUAAAGGAAAUAUAAGACACACAAAAACAUCGUCAGCAAGGUUCAGGGAUGGAGUUCCCUGUAGAUUUGUUGGUGUCUGCGAAACAUGAGGAUUUGGAAAGUUCAGCCCAGAUCUACAUGAAUAAACUGCUCUACAGCAACCCAGAUAACACGCAAUACCUUUCUCUGCCCAGCUCCAGAAAGAUCCGGAUCAGUCCUGCCAAUGUUGGUUUUGUUCCUCUGUAUGGAGCCAACCUCAGAUAUAAAGUCCUGGCACUGUUUGCUCCUGAAGACCAGUUUACAGCUGUGGCAUUGUUCUUGACUGAUCAGUGGUACACAGUGGAAGAUAUUCUCAGAACUUCCAAUCCUGCAAGAGAAGGCCUUGUUAAGGUGAGGUCUGUGGGCGAGAGGAUAGUCUUAUAUAUUCUGAACCGCAUAAUUUACCGGACAGUGGAGAUGAGUUCUAAUGAGGUGCCAUUCUUGUGCCAUGGAGAAGAUGACUACGCUAAAAUCCUCUGGAAGAAUGGAGAGGCGGUGGGCUUCUACUCUGUCAAAUCUAAAGGUAGCUUGUGUAAUAGCUUUGUGAGCCAGUGCUACCUGCUUCCUAUCAUGGACACUAUUUUUGUGCGGAAGGAUCACCGUGGUAACGGUCAUGGCUUGCAGAUGUUGGAGGACUUUGUGGACUCUUUUAAAGACGAUGAACUGGGCUUGAAAUAUCCUCUAACACAGGCCAUGCAAAAGGUAUGCAGUCAGUACCUGAUCACGUACCCAGCCGAUGGUGACCUGCUGUGGGAGGUGGAGGGAGUUGGAGGUCCCUAUCAGAAAGUGAAAGUGGCAAGCAAACUUGGCUCCCUGGCAUUGCGAUGCAGCCACAGCUCAUGGACAGAAGAGCACAGCAAAAAUGGAAAGGUUUCAAAUAUUGAGGAGAGCCUGGAUAUUAUGGAAGAAGUGGUGGUAGUCAACAAACAUCUCAAAGUAGCAGAAGAAAUGAAUGAAUUGCCCAUAUCCACACGCACGCGGAGCAGCGAGUGCAAACAAAAGAAAAGGCUGAGGGAAGAACCGGAGGAGAGUGCAGAGAAGAACCGACCUGAAAAAAUCAACAGAUUGGAGGAACCAGAAACAGAACCUGAUGCGGUUGUACCCAAGACUAAAGAACCAGUGGACGGAGAGAGUGCUGGAGAACAAGAUGACAAAGUGGAGGGGGAGGAGGCUGCGGCAACUCAAACCUUUGCACUUAAGGCAGAGCAUGAAUGUCUGGUGGCAGAGGUGAAUGGAGAAUUGAGUGACAGUCAGGAAGAAGAGAAUGAGGCAUCAGCAGACACUGCUGAGAAUGUGCUGGAUCAGGAGUGCCCCCUAGAGGAAGAAAUUUUUUUGCAAAAUGGCACUGCAGAGGAAGAGGAGAUGGAGGUAGAGGGAGAGAGAGAAGCAGAGGAGAUGGACUUGGGAAAAGAUGACAUUGUCGAUCCCUCAGAAGAGUCUGAAGAACCAGCUGCGGUGGCUGAGCAGAUUGACCAAGAGCCUAUUACUGAGGAGAAACAGGAAGCAGAGGUGGAAAAUUCCCCUGCAGAUGAGGAGGAAAAGGAAGAGGAAGUAGCAUCUGCUAUUGAGGAGGAAAAGGAUGAGGACGUAGCUCCUGCAGUUGAUGAGAAACAUGUAGAGCAAAUAGAAACCAAAGACACUGAUCAGCCAACAACUGUUGAGGCCUAUACAGCUGACCUGGAAGAUGGGGACAGUGAAGCAGUGGGGGAACCAGUGCCUCCAGAGCCCAAUGCUCCAGAAGAAGAGGCUUCUGCUGCUCCUGCUGCUCCUGCUGUGGCAGAGGAAGGAGAAGCCGCCAUGAAGACCGAGGAACCAGCUGUGAACCAAGAGGAUGAAACCGCUUCCAAUGUGCCACUUGAGGCAAAGGAGAGCCAGCUUACCAUGGGAGACAAAGAAAUAGAGGAUGAAAUGGAGGCAGGAUAUGAAAAGGAAGUGGUUCCUGAGGAGCCAGAUGAAGAGAAACAGGCUGAUGCUGAUGAAAAAGGUGAACAAAUAGAAGAGGAGAACUCUCUUGCUACAGAAGAUGAGGAGAAGGGAGAAGAGGAGGAGAAAAGCCUGGACGAGGCUAAUGAUUCCACCCCUGAUAUUCGAGUCCUUAGAGGAGGCAGGAGCAAACCCGUCCCUCCAACCCCCAAACGCACUUCCAGCAGACGGAGCAAAGUUGUGAUCAUAGAGGAAGUAGUAGAGAAGGAGCAGCUCACGAGCACAGAAGAGGAAAAAGGAAGCACAGAAGAGGAGGAAACUGAAGAGCACAGCACAGGAGAAGAGGAGGAGCCACCUGUGAUUGACAGGAGGAUGUUGAGGCAUAAAACCAAAGAGAUCAAGUCCACACCCAGAGUGAAAGCAAAGAGACGCAGCAAAAUCUGAGUACACAUGCACUGUUUCUCUGUCAUUCCACAGCACUCCAUUGUCCUCCUACACACACAAAAAACACAACAUUUUUUCACACAAUAUAUAAAGUUAAGUAGUGCUCGCUAAUACAAAAUUAUAGACAAGGAUCUCUACUAUAAAGAUAUAGAAUGUCUUUUAUACUUGGGUUAGGGUUUAUAACUGGCAGUGUGUACAAAAUCAUGGUUGUGCUUUUGUUUCGUUUUAUUACUAAAAGAAACAAUAUUUAUGAAAAAGUGAUGUAUUUCAUAUUUAAGGUAUAUUCUGCAUUAAAUACAAGGAAAGGCCUUUGGACCGCAUCUGUGGCAUCCUAUCAAUUACCACAGAAUACAAUUUCAAAUCGUACCUGUGACGACAUGCCACAGAUUCUGUUAAUAAAACCUGACUUGUAUUUAAAGGGAUAGUUCACCCAAAAAUGAAAAUGAUCUCAUCAUUUACUCACCCUUAUGCCAUCCCAGAUGUGAGCUUCAAAGGUCUGAUCACCAUUCACUUGCAUUGUGAGGACCAAAAGAGCUGAGAUAUUCUUCUAAAAAUCUUCUUUGUGUACAGCAGAAGAAAGUAAGUCAUACACAUCUGGGAUGGCAUGAGGGUGAGUAAAUGAGAGAAUUUACAUUUUUGGGUGAACUGUCCCUUUAAGAUGGAAUAUUUAUUUAAUGUGCUGUAAGCACUGCCCUUUACUUGCAAUGAGGGUUUACGGAAAUCUCAAAAUUAUAGCUGUGAUUUUAAUUUUGUACAUUCCUUUGUCUUACCUUUCCAGUUUAUCCUGACCUAUCCUAAACUGCAGAUUAAAAAAGCAGCCAAGCUUGCAAAUUUGCCAGACUGAGUAGCAAUGUGAAGCUCUUAAAGGGUUAGUUUACCCAAAAAUGAAAAUUCUCUCAUUUACUCACCAUCAUGCUGUUCCAAACCUAUAUGACUUUCUUUCCUACAUAAAACACAAAAGAGAAUAUCAGGCAGAAUGACAGUCUCGUUCACCAUUCACUUUCAUUGCAUCUAAUGAAAGUGAAUGGUGACUGAGGCUGUCAUUCUGCCUUCUGUAUCUUCUUUUUGUAUUCCACAGAAUAGAGAAAGUCAUAUGGAAACAACAUGAGAGUAAGUAAAUAACAGAAAAUUUGACAAUAUUCUUCUUUGGGUGAACUAUUUGUUUAAAUUACACAUGCCAUGGAUUGAGUUUCACCAUUUCUGUAAGUGUUGAACACGUUAGGAACUAUUUCAAGAAUCAUCCGACACAUUUAAGGUUUUAAAGAAAUCCUGCCACGAAUUCACAUGCUUUAACCUUUCAACAUAACCACAUGAUAAUGCAUCAGAGGACUUAUUUUGUCUCAUUAAGAUGGUUUUGAACAGUAUUUUUCCCAUUUUGGAAUCUUUUCUCAAAAUGCUGUGAAUUACACAUGCAUAAACACUCAACCACAUGCACACGUCUAUACUUACACAUACACAUUAUAAGAAAUAUUCACUCAUAAAUAUGCAAGUAUAAAUUGCAGGUUUAUAUGUUAACUGUAUGGUUACAUAUACAGGUGCAUCUCAAUAAAUUAGAAU